UUUUCGAGGCCAAUGUCAACCAUUCCACAUCAAAAUGCGUUUCUGUCUACUGUUCUUUUUGGCCCUGAGCUGCUGUCUGCUGCAAUUCUCCGUGGCUGGAGUGAAUUUGGUGCGCGGACUGGAGGCUGCCGGUCAUCAUCGCAACUCCACCGGCUCACCACCACCGCGUGGUGCUCCUCCACCACCUCGGACCACCACCGCCAGCUCUUCGGGUUAAAUGGAUUGAACACAAAACAUGAGAAAACUGGCAAAAUUUCCAUUGACGGACCAUUUAAAUGAAACCUACCAUUAUGUAAUCCUUUAGCUUCAAAAAA